UUUCAGAGAGAGAUACUGAACUUGUUAGUACGGUAACUAAUUCAAGUACAACUAAAGUGCUAUCUCCUGAGGCAGGAAUAAUUAAUAAGUUUAAGAAAUUAAAGUCGUUCAACUUUAAGUGUGGCAGUGGUGAUGUUAAUGAAACAGCUUUGAAUUGCAGUAAUCCUCAAGCCCCAGUUCUUGCUGUUGCAUACAUUGCUUCUCGAGAUCCAAGUUAUAAUCUACCAGGCAAUUUGCAGCUCCUUGAUAUCGCAAGAGGAGAAGCAUAUAAUCUUUAUGGACAUGUUGCACCAGAUUUAAAAUCGAAAAUGGAUCUAUGGACAUCAGUCACAGACGUUAAAUUUUCGCCUGACGGAAAAUUCAUUUUCUCCGCAUCUACUGAUGCCACCAUCAAGGCACUCAUCAAUUUAGUUCAAGUCCAUUUUUUGAGAAAAGACCAAUAUCAGUUUAUUUUAUCUUCUCAAGGGUUUCAAGAAGAAAAGUGUUAUAGAGCUGGAAGUGACGUUUUAUUUGGGCCAGAUAACUUGCUCAUUGUUGGAUACAAUGGUGUUUCAGGUGACAAACAAGGUGUUGUCAAGGCAUGGGACAUUAAUACAAGAAAAAAAGAAUGUUCUUUGAAAUGUUAUUUUUCAAGUGGCAUUAGUUGUUUGGAUAUGUCCCAUUAUGGUAAAUGGGUCGCAUGUGGAACCACAGGUGUUGAUAAUGAAGAAGGUGAUGGGCGCAUGUGGAUUUGGAAUUUGCAAUGCGGCUCAAAAGUAUAUUGUACAACCCAAGAAAAGGAUGCAAAUGUGAUAUCAAUAUCACAUGAUGAUAAAUAUAUAGCACUUGGUGGAAUAUCCAACACUGUUUAUGUAUUUGAUCCAAGAAAAAUGAAUAUGUUAUUAUAUGCAUUUAAGCAUGAUGAUCCAAAUGAUGGUCUUCCUCAUGAUGGAAUAAUGUCAUUACAUUGGAUACCGGGUAGUAGCCUGCUUAUGAGCGGGGGUAAUGAUAAUUGUGUAAGAAUUUGGGAUGUAAAUAAAUGCGGAAAACAAAAUCUUUUGGUUUACCAGUUUGCAGAUCAUGAUAGCCCUGUUACUUCUGUUAGAUUAUCACCAGAUCUUAGUCUUAUGACUGUUGGAGUUUCUACUGGAAAAAUUUAUGUAUAUUCUUCAAAUGAAAGUUUUAUUCAGGCUGGUAAUAGACUUAAAUAUUUGUAG